GACGUCAAAACUUGCUGUACAAGUAUUUCCGUCAAAUUGUAGUAAAGUUGAAAGGAAAUUUAACUACAAGUUUGAUUGUUAACUUGUAUUCAAGUUGCGGCCGUAGAUUUCCGUCAAUUUGCUUACAACUGUUGUUGAGUGAAGAAUUACCGCCAACUUGAUGUAUAAAUUAACCGUAACUGCUGGAAGUCAACACUUACUGAGAAAGCGCUGGCUAUCAGGCUUCGAGGUAGUGUCACCUGCUAGAUGCAUUUAGAGUCAUCGCACCACGCACACUAUAGAUAUUGGACAAAUUGGCACAAUGUUGAUUGUGUAGUUAACUACAGUUUAAUUGACAGUCGUCACGCUGAAGGGGAAGGUAAAACAUAGCUUGUAUCACUCGUGAAGUUUUCUUGUGUUAAUUUUUACUCUUGUAUACUUGCAAUUUAUUUGACAUUUAAAAAAUAAUUUUUAGGUUAUUUUUUAAUACGUGAAUCUUUGUUACAUCAUACUCACAAUGGCUACAGAAUUUGUUGAAAAUGACAUUUCUCGGAAAUGGGAUCGGUGUUUCACCGAUGGACUAAUCAAAUUGAGUGGCGGUGUUGUCCUGGGAUCUGUCGUAUCUUUGAUGUUUUUCAGAAGAAAAUGGCCAAUUGUGAUUGGCGCUGGUUUUGGUCUGGGAAUGGCUUAUUCAAAUUGUGAAAAAGAUAUCAAUUCAUUUCUACAUCAAUCAACGUCUACAAAACAUAACUGUAGUAAUUGAAAAUAAACACUUUUUAUUAUUAA